AUGACGCUCAAAGAUAUCCUCAAGAAGAAAGAAAAGAUCAAGGAAGAUGUCACCCCAAGCGUGGUGUCUCCACCGGAACCCGACCCUAUUGCUGAUGGAUUUACCUUUGUUAGAUCAGACACAAACACUCAAGAGCUGAUCAGCCCUCCAAGCUUUACCAGCGAAGUUGCCGAGCCCGCACCUCACAAGAGCGAGCAUCGUCUUUCCAGCCACUUUUCCCGUCUGCGAAGCUCUUCCAAUGCAUCUACACAGUCAGCACAGUCCAGGACCUCACCCAAGAGCGAGAAAAGGUUGUCCCAAAGGCUACAUUUGAACAGAUCACGCACUCCGAGUUCGAGCUCUGUCAAUGUGCCUACGGAUUUACCGCAUAUACAAGAUGUCGCCGUUCAGGGUGAAGAGAAGGAAGCACAGUGGGAAGAAAGAGCGACAAUGCUGGCAAAGGGAAAUCCGAACAACAGGCCUGCCUCCCUAGAUGGGCAGCCGAAAGGUGUGACUUGUGAACAGAAGUUCUACCAAGACAGAUUCUCGCAGGAAACACCGACAGACCCGGAGCAAAGUCUCAGCGUUCGUCCAGGAACGACCCGCAGCGUCAGCUCUGCGAAGGGCGAUGAAAACAUUCAGGAAGCCAUUCGUCUCCAUGAAUCAGGGGAUCUAGUCAACUCAACAGCCAUGUUCGGACGUUUAGCAGAUAGCAACGCUAUGGCUCAGAUUAUGUUCGGUCUUGCUCUGCGCCAUGGCUGGGGAGUCCCCCCUAACCCUCCGCUCGCCAUACAGCAUCUAUCCGCAGCAGCAUCCUCUUCUGCAUCCGUUGAGUCCGCUGCUCUCCAUUCCGGUAUGAAGAAGGGAGGAGCUGCGAAGGGAGAGUUGGUGCUUGCGAUCUACGAGCUUGCGAAUAGCUUUAGGCACGGUUGGGGCGUACAGAAGGACGUGGUUGCGGCGAGGAAGUAUUACGAGACGGCCGCGAACCUUGGGGAUACGGAUGCAAUGAAUGAGGUUGCGCGGUGCUAUGAAAGUGGGCAAGGUGGUCCAAAGGACAGAUAUACAGCAGCGCAAUACUACCGUCUCGCCGAACAGAACGGAUCCAAAACCCUCGGAAACAGUUGGAUAUGGAAGGACAAGUAUAGUCCGAAAACGAAGGACUCGAUUUAG